AUGGCCGAGACCACUAAGCGUCUUCUUGCGCAACUCGCCAACGAAGGGCUGGUGAACAUUCACUUACUACCACCACCCCCUCAAUCUCAGAGUUGGUCAUGUGUUUUGACUGCAAAAGGCAGCAACUCGACACGACGAGCAGAAGUGGACCUAUUCUCUUUCUCGGCUCCCCUGAGUUCUCAUCACUGGCGACCGAAUGAUUUCAAACUCCCCGUCUUCUUGGAUGGUGUAGACCACGGGGUUCAAGAAAAUGAUCCUGGAGCUGUGUUUGAAUUCUUCGCACCAGCGUUUGCAUGUGAUGAGCCAACAAAGGAUGCAAUUACUCGCGAACUACGCAAUUGCGCUUCCAUGUCAACUAAAUGGCUGGAGAUUGCUGCCAAAAAGCCAGUGCUAGAUCUAAAUUCCUCCUUUCUGGAAUGGGAAGCUUCUCUCAUUUUAGGACAUCCGAUUCAUCCGUUUCAUCGAACAUGCUUCGCCGAUAACCUGCUAGAACCAGUUGGACCAGAGAAUCUACCUGAUAUGCUCAAUCCAGGCAUAUCACUGGUCCUCAUCCCGCGGUCUUCUGUUCAUAUGUAUGGACCAUUCGAGGAGCUAACCCAUUCUCUGGUGAAAGGCUUAGGGGUUGCUCCCCCAGUCUCUAAUGACUUGGUUAUAAUCCCUUGCCUUUCCCGACAACUGCCAGCGGUCUUAAAUUACUUCCCAGAAGCAGAGCACGUCAAGUCUGUCCCCGGUGCUGCAAAGGCGCAUGCUGCUAUCCGAACAGUCUCCAUCACUGGUUAUGAAUUUGACGUGAAAUUCUCUCUUGCAUGCCAGAUUACCUCGGCGCUACGAGUUCUGCCUUGUUGGUCUGCAGCUGCAGCACCACGUAUGACUGCUUUAAUGAAGGAAAUUCUUCCAGAGGACCUAUGGCUGUUCGGAGAGGUGGCUGCUGUGACUGGAAGUCAGGAAGACAAAAGUGAAGCUCGCCACUUGACAUGUAUUCUCAGGGAGAACCUGGUGCCAAAGGCACAAGAAAAUGACGAGGCACUCAUCCUGGUCUCGGCACUAAUGGAAAAGCCAUUAGGUAGCCAACAGACGUACGCAGAAAUCUUGUUUGACCUGAAAACGACAGUUGAAAAGAAGAAAUGGUUCACGAGGUUUGUUUUGUUCAUUUCAAAGAAUUUUAACUUCAGCUGA